AUGGGCUCUGGCCACUCGCCCGUGCGUAACCGCAGUAACCGCACGGGCGAGUGGCCAGAGCCCAGAAAAACCGUGCGCCUCGCGAAUUCUUCUUCGGUGCAUCAAGUUCGCCUCGAAGCAGCGCCGAUUUGCAUGGCGCACUCGUCAGCAAAGAGCCUUCUUGCCCUCGCCGCCCGGCGCUCGCCUGAGGAGCGGCUGCUGCCGGGUAGAGAGCGAUCCGACACCUGGCCCACCGAGGCUGGCGACGGCGUCGGAGUAUUUGCUGUGCGGAUGGAGCGGCUGCUUCCAUCGGCGCAUGGAGUGUUUGUGGAAGUCGCACCGACGUCCACGGUGGGCGAGCUCAAGGUGCAGUACCUCGCUGCGCUGGCGCGCGAGACGGGUGGGCGUGGCACCUCAGCCGACGUCGAGGCAGGACGUAUACUCGCUCUUGCAGACUCGUUGGAGCUCCGGCUGAUACUCGACGGCGCCGAGCUCCGCGACGAGGCGCUGCCGCUGCCCACUGCCGGCGUCGGCCCUGGAGACUGCGUCAUUGUCUUGGCCGCGCAUGCGGCGCCUCCUUGCUCGGUCUCGCUGUCGCCGGCGUGGCGGCGCGCGCUGCUGCCGUACGGGCUGGCGGCCUCCUUGCUCGCUUGCGCGCUGCUGUCUGCCCGGCUGUGGAGCGAGGACGGCGUCGCUUGCAAGCGCCUCGCCCCUGACGCGUACUACGUCUGGCUGCUCCUCUCGCUCGCCAAUGCGCCGUGGGGUUUGCUGCUGCUGCUGCCGUGUCUACUCGCGUCGCCGCUCGCCUUUGAGAUUGUGGCUCACCUGUCGGGGGCCAACGGCGGCUCGAUGCAGCGGUGA